AAAAAACACACAGAGAAAUUUGGAAAAAGGAAAAGAAAAUCAUCAAGGAUGACUUCAAACGGCAACGAAGAGCAAGUGCCUCCCGGAGAACCGGUGACGAUUUCCACACGUGUGAUUGAUGCCGGAACGACUAUCAUGCAACGGCGGUUACCGGUGAAGCAGAUGAAAAGUCAUGUCUCUACUUUUGCGAUUUACGGCGGAGAUAUGUCCCGGCAAAUAGAGACUCACCACUACGUCCACCGAGUCAACGACGAGUUUCUCCAGUGCGCCGUUUACGCCUCUGACCGUUCCGAUGCACCUCUCAUCGGAAUUGAAUAUGUAAUAUCCGACCGAUUAUACGAAAAUCUGCCUCAAGGUGAGCAAAAGCUAUGGCACUCUCAUGCUUAUGAAGUUAAGUCCGGUUCGUGGGCUUAUCCACGAUUGCCUGAGUUUGUGGCUGCUCCAGAGCUCAAGAACAUAGCCAAAACGUAUGGAAAAUUUUGGUGCACUUGGCAGAUUGACCGAGGUGACAAGUUACCAAUGGGUGCACCCGAACUGAUGAUGUCACCACAAGGGGUGGGGCAAGGGGUAUUAAGGCCAGAGUUGGUUAAGAUCAGAGAUGAGAAGUACAACGUUUCGACCGAUGAUUUGAAACACCAGAGAGCGGAGAUAGCUGAACCGGAAUGGAUCAAUCCGAUGGCAGAUUACUGGAAGCAACAUGGUAAAUGUUUCGUACUAGAUAUCGUGACUGUGGAAAUGAACCGUAACGAGCAGUUCCCCUGAGCAAUGUGCUAUGUAAUGUAAUGUACCGGGUUUUAUAAAUAUAGAAUAAUGUUACGCUUGAUAUUCUUUUUAUGCUAAAAAGAUAUAGAUAUGAAAAA